AUGCCUGUGAUAGACAAUGGCAAUGUGCCCGUCUUUGCUGGCGUCCGGAAAUAUGAUGGGAGCGUCUCUAAUCGGUUAAAAAGAGGUUUAUCAGGUGAAAUCAUUUUGGUCCAAUAUAUUGGUGGAUCCGAAACCUUUAUCUCCUCGCUCCCUAGAAAGUUUCUUCCCUUCUCCCUCUUCUGCCCCCCACCCCAGGUCACGGUGUCUCUGAUCUUUGCCAUCUCCAUUGCUACAAUAGGCUCUUUCCAGUUUGGCUAUAAUACCGGAGUCAUCAAUGCUCCUGAAACGAUAAUAAAGGACUUUCUCAAUUACACCUUGGAAGAGAAAUCGGAAAACCUUCCCACUGAAGUGUUACUCACUUCCCUCUGGUCCUUGUCUGGGGCCAUCUUCUCUGUUGGUGGUAUGAUUGGCUCCUUCUCUGUUGGACUUGUCAACCGCUUUGGCAGGCGCAAUUCAAUGCUUAUGGUCAACCUCUUGGCUGUCGCUGGUGGCUGCCUUAUGGGGUUCUGCAAAAUAGCGCAGUCGGUUGAAAUGCUGAUCCUGGGCCGAUUGAUUAUUGGCCUCUUCUGCGGCCUCUGCACAGGCUUUGUGCCCAUGUACAUUGGAGAGAUCUCUCCCACUGCCCUACGGGGGGCCUUCGGCACUCUUAACCAGCUGGGCAUCGUCAUCGGGAUCCUGGUAGCUCAGAUCUUCGGUCUGAAAGUCAUCAUGGGAACUGAAGAGCUUUGGCCCCUGCUCUUGGGCUUCACCAUCAUUCCAGCUGUCCUGCAAAGCACUGCCCUUCCAUUUUGCCCCGAGAGCCCUAGAUUUUUGCUCAUUAACAGAAAGGAAGAGGAGAAUGCUAAGGAGAUCCUCCAACGAUUGUGGGGCACCCAGGAUGUGAGUCAGGACAUCCAGGAGAUGAAAGAUGAGAGUGCUAGGAUGGCACAAGAAAAGCAAGUCACUGUGCUGGAGCUCUUCAGAUCGCGCAGCUACCGACAACCCAUUAUCAUUUCCAUCAUGCUCCAGCUCUCCCAGCAGCUCUCUGGAAUCAAUGCUGUGAGUAGCUACUCUGUGGCCAGCGGGGGUUGCCCACUGCACUUAACUCACCGAUUCCUCUUCACAGUUGUGGAGCGGAUUGUUCCAGGCCUGGUUGUUCCAGGCUUGGGGGCACCAGGUCUGACUGUUCCAGGAGUGGUUGCUCCAGGAUUGGCUGUUCCAGGUCUGGCUGCUCCAAUUGGGUUAUUCCAGGACUGGCUGCUCCACAGUGGGAGGUUUCCAGAAGGGUUCGGCAGGAGCGUAAUCCAGAAGGGGGAGGAAAAACAAGAGCUGAAUAUUAAAAAUGAAAAAUAUUUUCACUUAAAGUGCCUCUGGAUUAGGGCUGGCCCUACUUACAAGGGGGGAGGUUUCUUCCUGAGCUUUGUUUGUAUCGGGGCUAUCUUGGUCUUCGUAGCCUUCUUUGAAAUUGGCCCAGGCCCCAUCCCCUGGUUUAUUGUGGCCGAACUCUUCAGCCAAGGACCCCGCCCAGCUGCAAUGGCAGUGGCUGGUUGUUCCAACUGGACCUCCAAUUUUCUGGUUGGGCUGCUCUUUCCUUCUGCUGCAUUCUACUUAGGAGCCUAUGUAUUUAUCAUUUUCAAUGGCUUCCUCAUCGUCUUCUUGGUCUUCACCUUCUUCAAAGUCCCUGAGGUCCAUGGCAGGACUUUUGAGGAAGUCACCCGAGCCUUCGAAGGGCAGGCGCAGGAUGCCAACAGAGCGGAGAAGGGCCCCAUUGUGGAGAUGAACAGCAUGCAGCCAGUGAAGGAGACCGCCACUGUCUAAGCCAUGCCUCCUUCCCGCCUCCCUCCCAACAUGGAAAAACCACCUCUCCCGGAUG